GGUAAGUGUAUCUUUCCGUUAAACUGAAUGACAACUGAUUAAACGGGCCGUUUCUAAAUAGAGGCUACUUCCAUCAACUCAUCACACAGAUAAUGCAGAGCAAAUGGUGCAUAGGAGACGCGCCCUGUGUGUGGUUAAAGCCAUAGCCUGCCGUAUAAUAUUGAACUUUGUCCAGAGGUAAACACGGUGUCGGUCACUACUACCUCAUUGUGCAAAGGUCGGAAAAAUUAUCCUAUAAUAGGAUAAGCGCUAUAAUUUGUUAUACUUUGAUGCUCAUUAUCGGUUUCUAACACUUGUUCUCGUAAGGAAAGGGGUAAGUUAAACGCUGUGUAGCCUUAUUUGAAGCGAUAAACUGAAUUAGGAGACGUAGUAUUUGUCGACAUGCUAUUAUUGACGUUUGAAUCCUUAUUAGUUUUCUUAUUCUAAACCGAUUCUGACAGUGAAGACAGAGGGAACGAAAACAAUCAACAUAGAGGGGAAGAAAACAAUCAAUUGAAAUGGUUCUACUUUUAUUAAUUCAGAAUAAGACCUAUGGAAACCAAUAGCCUAACAACAGGCCUGACAAUGCUAUAUCAUUUUGGGAAAUGAGAGACAGUUGCCUUGAACCAUACCACCAGAAUAGAUUAUAGCCUAUGCAUAAUGUAUCAUUUUCAUUUUAACCCAACUUUAAUCCAUGCGGUUUGAUAGGUCCUCUACUUCUAUUCAAUAUGAACUUCGCUCUGGAGACGCUUCAGGUGCUGGCCAUGUCUAUAUAUUAUAACCUGGAGGCACUUGUAAAACUCUUCAUCCCUUCGCGGAAGAAGAGCGUUGCGGGAGAAACUAUCCUCAUCACAGGGGCGGGUAGCGGCAUCGGCAGGCUGAUUGCGCUUGAGUUCGCCUCCAUGGGCGUCACGCUGGUGCUGUGGGACAUUAGCCAGGAUGGCAACAAGGAAACUGUUCGACUGGUGAAGGAAAAGGGCGCUGCCAGGGUGCACUCAUACAUCUGUGACUGCAGCAACAAGGCAGAGGUGUACUCAGUGGCUGACCAGGUGAGUUUAUAUGGUCUAUAUACCUGGCCAGGUAUGGAUGUUAUCAACCAUGUUCUACCACUUUCCUACAGCAGGUAAUAGUUUGAAGGUCUGUAGUAUUAAGCCUACAGUACUGUAUUUUCCGAACAUACACUGAUCUUCGUAGUUGUAAUUUGAGCUGUUGCAAAUAUACGGCAAAGCUCCUUCCUGAAACCAUGCAAAUGUAUGUGAGAGGGAAGAUAUUUACAUAAAUGAAUGAUCAACCCAAUGUCUAUUAUACUGUACAACAACUCAAAGGGCCUCCAUGCUUUUGGGGCAAAUGCUGAAAGACUCCCACACAUUCCAUGUAUGCUCUGUUCAGGUCCACUUCAUGACUACAGCUCCUUGUAAACCAGGAGAUUCCUAACACCACUGUGUUAGGGUAUAAUUAGGCCCUCAAAUAAAGGCCUUAUGAUAUAUGUAAUGUAUUGUCAUAAAUAAUUACAUUUUAAAGUCUAGUAAGGCUGGUGGAACCGUUCAUAGAGGAUUCUAGGAAGAACCUUUAGAUGAUAAAAUGGUUCUUGGUAGAACCCUUCAUAGAGGGUUCCCUAUGGGGACAAACCGAAGAAUCCUGUAUGGUUCUACUUAGCACCUUUUUUUCUAAGAGUGUAGAGGGCCUGCAGAGAUUAGUUGUAAUCUGUGUGACCUCUGUGCUCCUUGUAUGGUAUAUUUAGGCCCAGUUCCAUUUCUGUUCUUAGCCUGUUACAUCUAUACAACAUGCUAUAUUAUGUGUUGAUUGACAGGUGAAAAGGGAAGUGGGAGACGUGACAAUCCUUAUAAACAAUGCAGGCAUUGUCACAGGGAGGAAGUUCAUGGAUGCUCCCGACAGCCUGAUUGAGAAGUCUAUGGAGGUCAACUCCAAUGCUCACUUCUGGGUGAGUUGGAAUUUUAUCAUGAACAUUUUGGCUUUUUCCACGACAAGUCAAAUCAAAAUCUAAUCUAAUCUAAUUUUAUUUGUCAAAUGCCUCGUAUACAAUAGGUGGAGACUAACAGUGAAAUGCUUAAGGGUCCUUUUCCAACAAUGCAGAGUUAAAGAUAAAUCUAAAAAAUAUAAAUAGUGACACAAGGAAUAAAUACACAGUGAAUAACAAAAAACAAUAACAAGGCUAUAUACAGGGAGUACCAGUACCGAGUCGAUAUGCAGGGGUGCGAGGCAAUUGAGGUAGCUAUGUACAUAUAGGUAGGGGUAAAGUGACAUAGAUAAUAGACUGAGCUGUAGCAGCAGCGUAUGUGGACCAGUAGCAGCAGUGUAUGUGGUGAGUGUGUGUGUGUGUGUGUGUGUGUGUGUGAGAGAGUGUGUGUGUGGCGUCAGUAUGCAUGUGUGCGCAUGUAAUGUGUGUGUGGGCAUAUAUAGUGUGGGUAUGUGUGUGUUGGGGUGUAAGAGGAAGUAUGUGUGAGUGUGUGGGUAUAGACCAGUGUGAGUGCAUAGAGUCAGUGCAAGAGAGUUAGUAAAAAAAAGGGUCAAUGCAGGUAGUCCAGGUAACCAUUUGGUUAGCUAUUUAGCGGCCUUAUGGCUUGGGGGUUGAAGCUGUUCAGGGUCCUGUUGGUUCCAGACUUGGUGCACUAGUACCGCAUGCCAUGCAGUAGCAGAGAGAACAGUCUAUGGCUUGGGUGGCUGGAAUCUUUGAAAAUGUUUUGGGCCUGACACCGCCUGAUAUAGGGGUCCUGGAUGGCAGGGAGCUUGGCCCAGCGAUGUUCUGUGCCGUACUCACCACCCUGUGUAGCGCCUUGCGGUAUGGGUGUCUUGCAGUUGCCGUACCAAACGGUGAUGCAGCCAGUCAAGAUGCUCUCAAUGGUGUAGCUGUAUAACUUUUUGAGGAUCUGAGGACCCAUGCCAAAAAGUUUCAGCCUCCUGAGGGGGAAGAGGUGCUGUUGUGCCCUCUUCACAACUGUGUGGGUGUGUGUCAACCAUGUUAAUUCCUUAGUGAUGUGGACACAGAGGAACUUGAAGCUCUCGACCUGCUCCACUACAGCCCCAUUGAUGUGGAUGGGGGCGUGCUCGCCCCUCCGUUUCCUAUAGUCCACGAUCAGCUCCUUUGUCUUGCUGAUGUUGAGGGAGAGGUUGUUGUCCUGGCACCACACUGCCAGGUCUCUGACCUCCUCAAUAUAGGCUGCCUCAUUGUCGUCGAUGGUUAGCUCUACCAACGUCGUGUCGUCAGCAAACUUGACGAUGAUGUUGGAGUCGUGCGCGGCCACGCAGUCGUGGGUGAACAGGGAGUACAGAGGGGGACUUAGCACACAUCCCUGAGGGGCCCCCGUGUUGAUGGUUAGCGUGAUGUUGCCUACCUCCACCGCCUGGGGGGGCGGCCCGUCAGGAAGUCCAGUAUCCAGUUGCAGAGGGAGGUGUUCAGUGCCAGGAUCCUGAGCUUGGUGAUGAGCUUGGAGGGGACUAUGGUGUUGAAUGCUGAGCUGCAGUCAGUGAACAGCCUUCUUACAUAGGUAUUCCUUUUGUCCAGGUGGGUGAGGGCAGUGUGGAGUGCAAUAGAGAUUGCGUCUUCUGUGGAACUGUUGGGGCUGUAUGCGAAUUGGAGUAGGUCCAUGCUCACGUCGCUGGGCAGCUCGCGGCUGGGUUACCCUUUGUAUUCUGUGAUGGUAUGCAAGCUCUGCCACAUCCGUCGAGCGUCAGAGCUGGCGUAGUAGGAUUUGAUCUUAGUCCUGUAUUGACGCUUUGCCUGUUUGAUGGCUCGGCGGAGGUCAUAGUGGGAUUUAAUUUAAGGUUCCAGAUUAGUGUCCCGCUCCUUGAAAGUGGCAGCACUAGCCUUUAGGCCAGUGCGGAUGUUGACUGUAAUCCAUGGCUUCUGGUUGGGGUAUGUACGUAUGGUCACUGUGGGAAUGAUGUUGUCGAUGCAUUUAUUAAUGAAGCCAGUGACUGAUGUGGUAAACUCCUCAAUGUUAUCGGAUGAAUGCCGGAACAUAUUCCAAUCUGUGCUAGCGAAACAGUCCUGGUAGCUUAGCAUCUGCUUCAUCUGACCACUUCGGUAUUGAGCGCAUCACUGGUACUUCCUGUUUGAGCUUUUGGUUUUUUAAGCAAGAACCAGGAAGAUAGAAUUAUGGUCUGAUUUGCCAAAGGAAGAGCAAGGGAGGGCCUUGUAUGCGUUUCUGUGUUUGGAGUAAAGGUGAUCUAGAGUUUUGUCACCGCUAGUUGCAUAGAGGUGCUGGUAAAAAUGAGGUCAAACGGAUUCCAGUUUCCCUGCAUUAAUGAAAACUCAUUUGGUAAAUAGUAUGGUCUGCAGCUUAUCAUGAGGUAUUUUAACUCAGGCGAGCAAAAACACCAGCUUUUGUUAACAAAGAGACACACCCCUCCUCCCUUCAUCUUACCUGAGUCUGCCGUGCGGUCUAGACGAUGCAUAGAAAAACCAGCGAGAUUUAUAUUCAUGACCUCGGUCAGCCAAGACUCUGAGAAACAUAGGAUAUUACAGUUUUUCAGGUCCUGAUGAUAGGAUAGUCUCGAACGGAGCUCAUCCAGUUUGUUCUCCAGUGAUUGCACGUUCACCAAUAGAACAGAGGGCAAUGGGGGUCUAUUUGCUCGCCAACGUAGUCUCGUCAGGGUACCAGGUACAUUUUGUUUGUGACAUGCGUCAAAUACAACAGGUGUAGACUUUAUUGUGAAAUGCUUACUUACGAGCCCUUUCCCCAAAUUCCUAAAAAGUAAGAACAUUUGCACACAAAAUAAGGAAAUAGUAACACAAUAAAAUAACAAUAUCGAGGCUAUAUACAAGGAGUACCGGUACCGAGUCAUUGUGCUGGGGUACGAGGUAGUUGAGGUGAUUGAGGUAAUAUGUACAUGUACUGUAGGUAGGGGUAAAAGCGACUAGGCAAUCAGGAUAGAUAAUAAACAGAUAAUAAACAGAGUAGCAGCAUCGUGUGUGAAGAGUGAAAGAGUGUGAAAGUGUGUCUAUGUGUGAGAGUGUGUGUGUGGCGUCAAUAUGCAUGUGUGUGUGUUUUGUGUGUUUGAGUGUGUGUGUGUAUGUAUUGGACUAUCGGUGUAGUAGGUGUGAGUGUGUGGGUAGAGAGAGUCCAGUGAGUGUGCAUAGAGUCGGUGCAAGAGAGUCAGUGCAACAACAAAAAAAGAGGUCAAAUAGUCUGGGUAGCCAUUUGAUUAACUGUUCAGUAGUCUUAUGGCUUGGGGGUAGAAGCUGUUCAGGAGCCUUUUGGUCCCAGACUUGACACUCCGGUACCGAUUGCCGUGCGAUAGCAGAGAGAACAGUCAAUGACUUGGUUGGCUGGAGUCUUUCACAGUUUUUAGGGCCUUCCUCUGACACCGCCUGGUAUAGAGGUCCUGGAUGGUAGGGAACUCGGCCCCAGUGAUGUACUGGGCCGUACACACUACCCUCUGUAGCGCCUUGCACUCGGAUGUCAAUUAUUUACCAUACCAAGCGGUGAUGGGCGGCAGAUAGCUUAGCGGUUAAGAGCGUUGUGCCAGUAACCGAAAGGUUGCUGGUUCUAAUCCCCGAGCCGACUAGGUGAAAAAUCUGUCGAUGUGCCCUUGAGCAAGGCACUUAACCCUAAUUGCUCCUGUAAGUCGCUCUGGAUAAGAGCGUCUGCUAAAUGACCUAUUUAUUAUUUAUUAUUAUUGAUGCAGCCAGUCAAGAUACUCUCAGUGGUACAGCUGUAUAACUUUUUGAGGAUCUGCAGCACCAUCUUUUCAAGUCUAAGAGUAAAAGAGUAGCAUAGGGAAUGAUAGAUGGCUCAAGGCCGCAGGAUGUGCCAGACCAGCCUAUGGAAAUAACUCUAAACAUAACACAACAUGCUUGUAUCAAUAUAGGUGUAAGAUAAACAUAAAAGACUUAGACAAGGAGAGACGAAGAACAUGUUCAAAUAUCAGUGCCCAUGGGGUAUUUUUACUUCCAAUGUGAUGAAAUGAUAUGCAUAGCAUGUCACCAGCAAAGUAAUUCUCAACAAUGAUCAUCUGUUUUCCCCCAGACUUACAAGGCGUUUCUCCCUGCAAUGGUAGCCAGUAACCAUGGUCACCUGGUGAGCAUCGCCAGCUCUGCUGGACUGAUGGGAGUCAACGGCUUGGCAGGUUAGAUAUACUCAUCUCACUCACUGCCCCUCUAAAGUGGGAUUUAAAUGUUUUACCCAACAUCACUUACCCAUGUACUGGUUAUUUUGUGAUAACAAAAACAGGUUAUUUUGUGAUAACAAAAACUGGUUAUUUUGUGAUAACAAAAACCGCUAAACCCCAUAACUAUGCAAUUACUAUAUAACACCAUGUCAUUAAAAUAAUUAGUGUUACUACAUAGAUACAAGAGGAACUUAAUGUAAAGUGUUAAUAUGUCAUUGCCCGAUGUCCAUUAAGGGAAGGCAAUUCAUUGAUUCUCUGCUGUGAACACUCAGAGUAAUGCAUUCCCAUUCCUCUACUCUCUGUCUGUGCUCAGAUUACUGUGCCAGUAAGUUUGCAGCUGUGGGCUUCGCUGAGUCUGUGGCGCUGGAGCUGCUAGCAACAAAGAAAAAUGGAGUGAAGACCACCAUUGUGUGUCCCUUCUUCAUUAACACGGGGAUGUUUGACGGCGCAAUCACCAAGUGGGUCCACCAUUCUGACGUACACACACACAUACCCACACACGUUUUGCUACCAAAAGCUUUGUUAGAGGAAGUGCUGCCACAGUAGACACAAUAUGGAAAUGUGUACAAUGUUGCACUGUGCUAUGUGUAGCUAGGCAAUCAAAUGCAAUCUCUGCUUCACUUUGCUAGGCAGUGAAAUUGUACUUUGUCAGUCUGUCUUGAACAGUAGAUUAAAUACGAUUUAGACCAGGGAGUGGAAAUACAAUGAAUGGCAGUAUACCAUGGUGUGUAGAUGACCUUCGAUCAUUGUCUAGGGGCAACCUCGCCCUACUACUUCUGUGACACCAUCAUAGACGCCAUUGAGCCAACUCUACCUGGACUGCCUAGGGCCAUGUCCUUAGACGUCACUAGUGAUCAUGGUCGUUUGAGUGGCGUGUGUGUGUGUGUGUGUGUGUGUGUGUGUGUGUGUGUGUGUGUGUGUGUGUGUGUGUGUGUGUGUGUGUGUGUGUGUGUGUGUGUGUUGUCAGAAUGAGUUACAAUGCUAGCAUCUCUCAGUCUUCCUCUUUAACUAUUUGGGCCCUUCCGUUUUUUCACUUAAUUAUUCAUGCUGCUUGGUUCAAUUCUUUACUGGCCACAGAGCAGAACAAUGCCUACCACAUCCUGUUACACACACACACACACACACUCUGUAGAAUUUCAGAACGCAAAUCAGGACCUAAUCACAAUAAGAUUUGAAUGAGAUUGUGAUGCUCUGAUGUUGAAAGUUCCCACACAAAAGUCCUAUGUUUUUAUCACGUUGCUACGAUGGUUUUUAAAAAAUUGAUGGGUUCCUUUGAAAAAGUAACAGCCCUUGAUUUCCAAAGAGAUAUUUGUUCUCCAAAGUUUAUGGGUUUUAUGUAUUUUAAGGAACAGACUGAAGGCAGAAACUGAUUACAAAGUGCAAUGUUCAUAGUGGCAUAACAUUUUAAAGAUUUGAUCCAUGAAGUGAAAUGAAAAAGGGGCUUAGACAAUCCUUUUUGAAGGCGUCAGUGCAUGCAGUGUGUUUUUAGAUGUAGAUUCACACCAUUACUUUGAACUGCUGAUCAGUGAGAGAAAUGUUUGUUUUUGUUUUGGGUGCUUCCUGCAGAUGGCCAAUUAUCAUGCCCAUCCUGGAACCUGACUAUGUGGCCAAAAAGAUCAUCCGUGCUAUCCAAACUGACCAAGUGUACCUGUAUAUGCCUCGGAUCCUCUACCUCGUCCUCGCCCUCAAGAAGUAAGAACUGUACCAAACACUAUACAUGAUUUACAUGAACCCCCAGGCCCUAGCCGCUACCUCCCCAGCCCAAGUCGUGUCUUAGGUUUAGAUGUAAUCAAACAGGUUUUCCAUAUAUAUAUGCAGCAUCUUUGUUUACACAACAGGGGCUCUACCUGCCUCUAGUACCCAAAAGCAUUCUGCAUUUUUGUUUGACUACUGGGUAAAACGGAUACAUUAUAUUCUACGUUAAAUAUACUAACUGAGGACUCCGAAAGAAAAGGGAAAGGGGUGAUACCUAGUCAAAUGUGUCUUAAAAGUGUAUUUAUUUGUAUAUAUUAAGGCGUUAUUAUGAUCCAACCAACACUGACUUUCAAAGCUUUGUAAUCAGCAAUGAUCUAGAUUGGUGACACAGCAAUAAUGUAUGGAGAGGACGAAACAGAGAAAACUGUUGACACUGGACUGAGAACAGUGGUGUAGUGAAGGGUAAACCUUUUUUAUUUUGGCAAGCAGAUACCCAACUUUUGCGCAGAAAUGCAUUGAAAGUAUAGGGAGUGUUACUUUAAUCACUGGGCUCAAUUCAACCAAAUCCACAUUGCAGGAUUUUCACAGCAAAAUAUAAACAUAGUGGUUAAAUAAAACAGCAGAAUGGUUUAGGGACCUAUGUGUGUGCAGAAGCGGGAGUUGUGUAAAUAAAGCCACUACAUGCAUAAACAUUGUUGUUUGUCCCUAAACUGGACAGACACCAACCAAAUUGAUCUGGUACUACAUUGUGUCAAAUGGUGUGGGGGCUAUAAGCAAAGGUGCAAUUAGUUAUAUCACAGUGAGUGAGUGAGUGAGUGAGUGAGUGAGUGAGUGAGUGAGGGAGAGAGAGAGAGAGAGAGAUAGAGAGAGAGAGAGAGAGAGAGAGAGAGAGUGAGAGAGAGAGAGAGAGAGAGAGAGAGAGAGAGAACAUGUUUGUGGUGGUACUUGUCUAAACACUACAGAUUGCUCUGAGUGAUUCAUGCAGGCCUGCCACAGAGGAUACUUGACCUGACAGCUGCCUAGGUGGAGAGGUGCAUGUGUAAACAAAGAGUGGAGAGGUGGUUGCGCGAGGGACAGAGAGUCGAAGGCAGGUCACGGGCACAAGCGCACAUGCAAACACACAAAUAAAUGCACACGCAUCGCACACAUACUUACAGUACACUCGACCGCACGCACAUACACAAACACCUUUCCGACAUGUACAUGAACUCGUAUACACCCACCCAUGUGUACUUAUUUCACACAAUAAACAUGAACAUGCUCACAAAAACAAGGUGACACACACCACACGAUUCAAUGUCAAAAUAACUGUCUAUGUACCUCUAGCCAUUAUGUCAUGUUUAUUUAGUGUUAAAGGAUUUACAUUUUACAUAUUUAGCAGACGCUCUUAUCCAGAGCGAUUUACAGUUAGUGAGUGCAUACAUUUUCAUACUGGUCCCCCGUGGGAAACAAACCCACAACCCUGGCGUUCCAAGCGCCAUGCUCUACCAACUGAGCUACACGAAUGCUUUGGAUAGUGGUUCAUGUUAAUAAUUUAUAUCACAAACACUAUCAACACACAGGCAUUGCCUUCAGAGGUGGUAGGGGAAGUUCAUAACAAGUGAGUGAUUACAACACAGCCUAGACAGGAACUGGGAAUGUAGACAGAUAUUUUCUCUACCACAGACUCUGCUUCUCUGCUGUAACACUGGGACAGAGUUUAACUUUUUAGUAGGACUAUUACCCCAUUGCAAGAGGGGAUUAAUAUUUCAACACACACCCACACCCACACUUGCUAAUCUGAGCACACUGAUUCAUCUAAGGAUUCACUGACAUUAAUUCUAAACUGCAUUUGAGCCCUUCAUACAGGCCUAAAACUCCCACUCUUAAUGCUGCAUUUUUAAAUAAAUCCUAUUGCUAAUUGCAACUAAUUUAAUGAAAAUGUAUUCCUUGAAUUUGAUUGAAGUGCCAAAAAUGCAUAAAUUGGAGAGAUGAUUAACUCACAUAAGAGAACCUGGAUUCUAAGGUGGACAUUUAGUCAGUUGGGCUUUAGCUGGAAAGCUCUCCAUGAAAGAAAGAGAGAGAGAGAGAGAGAGAGAGAGAGAGAGAGAGAGAGAGAGAUGACUCACCUCCUAUUCCUCCACCUUCUUUAUUUUUACUAUUAAUAAUAGUGAAGACAUCAAAACUAUGAAAUAAGGUAUACAGAAGAUAGCCCUAUUUGGUAAAAGACCAAGUCCAUAUUAUGGCAAGAACUGCUCAAAUAAGCAAAGAGAAAUGACAGUCCAUCAUUACUUUAAGACAUGAAGGUCAGUCAAUACGGAAAAUUUCAAGAACUUUUAAAGUUUCUUCAAGUGCAGUCGCAAAAACCUUUAAGCGCUAUGAUGAAACUGGCUCUCAUAAGGACUGCCACAGGAAUGGAAGACCCAGAGUUACCCAGAGAGGAUAAGUUCAUUAGAGAUACCAGCCUCAGAAAUUGCAGCCCAAAUAAAUGCUUCACAGAGUUCAAGUAACAGACACAUCCCAACAUCAACUGUUCAGAGGAGACUGUGUGAAUCAGGCCUUCAUGGUCGAAUUGCUGCAAAGAAACCACUACUAAAGGACACCAAUAAUAAUAAGAGACUUGCUUGGGCCAAGAAACAAUGGACAUUAGACUGGUGAAAAUUUGUCCUUUGGUCUGGAGUACAAAUUUGAGAUUUUUGGUUCCAACCGCCGUGUCUUUGUGAGACGUGGUGUGGGUGAACAGAAGAUCACUGCAUGUGUAUUUCCCACCGUAAAGCAUGGAGGAGGAGGUGUAAUGGUGUGGGGAUGCUUUGCUGGUUACACCGUCUGUGAUUUAUUUAGAAUUCAAGGCACACUUAACCAGCAUGGCUACCACAGCAUUCUGCAAUGAUACGCAAUCCCAUCUGGUUUUGGCUUAGUGGGACUAUCAUUAGUUUUUCAACAGGACAAUGACCCAACAUACCUCCAGGCUGUGUAAGGGCUAUUUUACCAAGAAGGAGAGUGAUAGAGUGCUGCAUCAGAUGACCUGGCCUCCACAAUCCCCCGACCUCAACCCAAUUGAGAUGGUUUGGGAUGAGUCGGACCGCAGAGUGAAGGAAAAGCAGCCAACAAGUGCUCAGCAUAUGUGGGAACUCCUUCAAGACUGUUGGAAAAGCAUUCCAGGUGAAGCUGGUUGAGAGAAUGGCAAGAGUGUGCAAAGCUGUCAUCAAGGCAAAGGGUGGCUAUUUGAAGAAUCUCAAAUAUAAAAUAUAUUUUGAUUUGUUUAACACUUUUUUGGUUACUACAUGAUUCCAUGUGUUAUUUCAUAGUUUGAUGUGUUCACUGUUAUUCUACAAAAAUAGUAAAAAGAAAGAAAAACCCUUGAAUGAGUAGGUGUUCUAAAACUUUUGACCGGUAGUGUACUUUAUACCGAAAAUGAUUGUACAGUGAGGGAAAAAAGUAUUUGAUCCCCUGCUGAUUUUGUAUGUUUGCCCACUGACAAAGAAUUGAUCAGUCUAUAAUUUUAAUGGUAGGUUUAUUUGAACAGUGAGAGACAGAAUAACAACAACAAAAAUCCAGAAAAACGCAUGUCAAAAAUGUUAGAAAUUGAUUUGCAUUUUAAUGAGGGAAAUAAGUAUUUGACCCCUCUGCAAAACAUGACUUAGUACUUUGUGGCAAAACCCUUGUUGGCAAUCACAGAGGUCAGACGUUUCUUGUAGUUGGCCACCAGGUUUGCACACAUCUCAGGAGGGAUUUUGUCCCACUCCUCUUUGCAGAUCUUCUCCAAGUCAUUAAGGUUUCGAGGCUGACGUUUGGCAACUCGAACCUUCAGCUCCCCCCACAGAUUUUCUAUGGGAUUAAGGUCUGGAGACUGGCUAGGCCACUCCAGGACCUUAAUGUGCCUCUUCUUGAGUCACUCCUUUGUUGCCUUGGCCGUGUGUUUUGGGUCAUUGUCAUGCUGGAAUACCCAUCCACGACCCAUUAUCAAUUCCCUGGCUGAGGGAAGGAGGUUCUCAACCAAGAUUUGACGGUACAUGGCCCCGUCCAUCGUCCCUUUGAUGCGGUGAAGUUGUCCUGUCCCCUUAGCAGAAAAACACCCCCAAAGCAUAAUGUUUCCACCUCCAUGUUUGACAGUGGGGAUGGUGUUCUUGGGGUCAUAGGCAGCAUUCCUCCUCCUCCAAACACGGCGAGUUGAGUUGAUGCCAAAGAGCUCCAUUUUGGUCUCAUCUGACCACAACAAUUUCACCCAGUUCUUCUCUGAAUCAUUCAGAUGUUCAUUGGCAAACUUCAGACGGGCCUGUAUAUGUGCUUUCUUGAGCAGGGGGACCUUGCGGGCACUGCAGGAUUUCAGUCCUUGACGGCGUAGUGUGUUACCAAUUGUUUUCUUGGUGACUAUGGUCCCAGCUGCCUUGAGAUCAUUGACAAGAGCCUCCCGUGUACAUUUUACAUAUUUAGCAGACGCUCUUAUCCAGAGCGACUUACAGUUAGUGAAUACAUUUUUUUUUUAAUACUGGCCCCCCGUGGGAAUCGAACCCACAACCCUGGCGUUGCAAACGCCAUGCUCUAUCAACUGAGCUACAUCCCUGCCGGCCAUUCCCUCCCCUACCCUGGACGACGCUGGGCCAAUUGUGCGUCGCCCUUGAGUCUCCCGGUCGCGGCCGGCUGCGACAGAGCCUGGAUUCGAACCAGGAUCUCUAGUGGCACAGUUAGCACUGCGAUGCAGUGCCUUAGACCACUGCGCCACUCAGUUCUGGGCUGAUUCCUCACCGUUCUCAUGAUCAUUGCAACUCCACGAGGUGAGAUCUUGCAUGGAGCCCCAGGCCGAGGGAGAUUGACAGUUAUUUUGUGUUUCUUCCAUUUGCGAAUAAUCGCACCAACUGUUGUCACCUUCUCACCAAGCUGCUUGGCGAUGGUCUUGUAGCCCAUUCCAGCCUUGAGUAGGUCUACAAUCUUGUCCCUGACAUCCUUGGAGAGCUCUUUGGUCUUGGCCAUGGUGGAGAGUUUGGAAUCUGAUUGAUUGAUUGCUUCUGUGGACAGGUGUCUUUUAUACAGGUAACAAGCUGAGAUUAUGAGCACUCCCUUUAAGAGUGUGCUCCUAAUCUCAGCUCGUUACCUGUAUAAAAGACACCUGGGAGCCAGAAAUCUUUCUGAUUGAGAGGGGGGUCAAAUACUUAUUUCCCUCAUUAAAAUGCAAAUCAAUUUAUAACAUUUUUGACAUGCGUUUUUCUGGAUUUUUUUGUUGUUAUUCUGUCUCUCACUGUUCAAAUAAACCUACCAUUAAAAUUAUAGACAUAUCAUUUCUUUGUCAGUGGGCAAACAUACAAAAUCAGCAGGGGAUCAAAUACUGUUUUCCCUCACUGUAAAAGUUUAUGUGGUGCAUGAUCAUAUGGAGUCCCUAGCAUUUAUGUCAGUCAUAAAGACAAUUUAUGUUUGAUUAUUGAUGUUUGAAGUGCAGCAGUUCUUCACAUAAUGGCUUUACUGCACAUAUACAUGACGUACAGUAUAUGUACAUGAUUAUUCAAUUAUUUUGUUCAGUAUUUAUUGGGUUUUGUGCAUUGGGGAAAAAAUAGGUCAAUAAUUUACAGCUGCUGUGAAGUUGAAUAAAUAACCCCUGUCUCUUUUUAUCAAGUGUGUUCUCUUCUCACAGCAUUUUGCCCACUAAGAUCGGGCUCCUAUUGGGAGACUACCUGGGGGCAUUCAAUUUCAUGGAUGCAUUCAAAGGCCAUGGGAAGAAGGACUGAAGCAUCCAAUAAGUGCUCAGGAGGGGGGGCUCAAUCCAUUUCCCGCAUGAAGUGCUGCAGUUAACAACCCUUUGUGAAUCUAGACUACAUUUUAAAAAGCUUUUCUGGCUUUUAUAAUGAAAGUAAUAUGUAUAUCCUACAUACCGGUGCCUAACUACCUAUAUAAAAAUAUGAAAUACAUUGUAGAAUUUAAUUGUUAGUGCACAAAUAAUUAUUGACUAUGAAGGAUGUUUUAAAGAGCCAUUAACAGUAUACAGAGAUGAAACAGUAUACAGAGAUGAUGCACUCGUAUGAAACUAUGGUUACUAAUUCUACCAUAUAUGUUGUUAACUCUUUUGUUUUACUAUUGUGUGGGGAUACAGUAUGAAGUAAAUGUCUGCUAUUUUAUGUCCAAUGAGAUUUCUCUCCAGAGUCACUUGAAAUGUAUUCAUUUUUUACAAAAGCUACUGCCUUAAAGCAACUGUUGAAUGAUUUCUUGCUUUUAUGCAUUUUAUUUGAAGUAUUUAUUGUUAGCCUUAAUUAUGUUAUUGUCUUAUGUAGCUUGUUUGUCAGUAUCCACAUCAAAAAUGUAGUUGGGAAAUAUUGCCAUGGCAAUAAAGCUGUUAAGAAACUUUAAUAAUUUAAUUUAAUAUGCCAAAGUACACUUUGAAGGUUGCUGUUGUUUCAACUUGUUAUGUGAUAGUGUGAAAUAAUGGCACAUAUCAUCAUUAUUCAUUUACAGGUGCAGCCAUGGUUAUCUUUUUAUAUAAUCCCAAUCGUACAUCAUUUCUUAAUGAUUUACCAUGUAUGCCUCAUAUUAAUCUUUGCUUGCUGGAAAGUUAAAUGUUUGGAAAGCCUUACAACUGUCUGAUCGCAUAAUGAAUACAUGAUCUCAAAUGAACAUACCACAUGG